AUGAUCGGCGAUGCUGUCGAUCUUCCGGUUCUCAAGGCGUCAGCCGACUUUACCGGUAUGGCUGUUGUUGACGCAGACCCGUACACGGAUGACGGCUCAAACUGGUAUACCAACCAGAACAACUUCUUCCGUGCCAUUCGUAACUUUGUGAUCGAUCUUACCGAUAUGCCCCAGUCUGUCGGCGCAGGUAUUCACUGGCAAGUCGGUCAGGCCACCAGCUUGCAGAACAUCCGCUUCGAGAUGAUCAAGGGUGGAGAUGAUGCCAACAAGCAGCAGGGUAUCUUCAUGGACAAUGGAUCUGGUGGUUUCAUGACUGACCUGGUCUUCAACGGCGGAAACUACGGAAUGUUCGUUGGUAACCAGCAAUUCACCAGCCGCAACCUGACUUUCAAUGAUUGCAACACUGGUGUUUACAUGAACUGGAACUGGGCCUGGACCUUCAAGUCGGUUACCUUCAACAACUGCAACCUUGGCCUCAACAUGUCCAACUCCCCGUCGAACCAGACUGUCGGCUCGGUUCUAUUGCUUGAUACUGAGUUUGUCAACACUGCCACUGGUGUUGUUACUGCUUGGGGCAGCAGCAGCAUUCCUGUCGGUGCGGGUACCUUGGUUCUCGAUAACGUCGACUUUAGCGGCGCUACUGUUGGUGUUGCGUCCGUGGAUGGAAGUGCCAUUAUUGAAGGUGGUUCUGUUGUUGCAAACUGGGUACAGGGCGGAGUCUACCGACCCUCGGCAACGGUCAACAAGCGCGCGACACAGCCUUCAGUUGAAGUCGUCAUUGAGACCAUCGUAGAAACCGUCUAUGAUUGCGGAGAUCAUUCGUCCACCGAACCGUCUCUGCCUCUUCCCACUUCGUCCACGACAGAAUCCCGCACCGAUGGGCUACUCCCCUCGCUUCCGCUCGAUAUUCCGCCAGUUGAGAGCCUCUUACCUGGCUUGGUUGAUUCAUCUUCUGACGCGGACGACUCAACCACCGUUGUAUAUGAGCCCACCGCUUCGACUCCUGCAUCAUCCGUUGAGGAGGUCCCCGCAGCUUCGACGCCAACAGGCUCUGCAUCUUCGGCUACCACGACCUCAGCUACUUCUACUUCCACCGGAUCCAGUGGAUCAACCGGCGGAUCGGUGCACGGUUCCAGCCAAUGUUCCGCCCGCGCUGUUACCAAGACUCGUACUCAAACCGCAGUUCCAGCGGCAGCCAAGCCAAACUCGCUUCUGCACAGCGGCACUGGCAAGGUGUUCGAGAAGUCCAAGCCCCUUUACGAAUCGUAUCCCGCCUCGUCAUUCGUCAGCGUCAAAUCUGCCGGUGCAAAGGGUGACGGCUCAACGGACGAUACAGCUGCCAUUCAAGCCGUUCUAGACCGCGCAACAGCAGACCAAAUUAUCUUCUUCGACCACGGCGCUUAUGUUGUGACGGAUACCAUCAAGGUCCCCAAGACCAUCAAGAUCGUUGGCGAGGUCUGGCCCGUCAUCAUGGCCAAUGGCGCCAAGUUCUCCGACGAGCAGAACCCUAUCCCUCUCCUUCAAGUCGGUCAGCCAGGUGAUGUCGGGUCCGUCGAGAUCUCCGACCUGACCCUGCUCACCAAGGGUCCCGCCCCGGGCGCAAUCCUCAUGGAGUGGAACAUCGCCGAAGAAUCUCUUGGCUCUGUAGGAAUGUGGGAUGUCCACUUCCGCGUCGGCGGCUCAGCAGGCACAGAACUUCAGUCCGACCGCUGCGCGAAGAACCCCAACGUAACCGUCACCCCGAACCCUGAGUGCGUCGGCGCGUUCAUGCUCCUCCACGUCACCGAGCACUCGACUGCCUACCUCGAGAACGUCUGGUCCUGGACCGCCGACCACGAACUCGACCGGACCGACCACAACCAGAUCAAUAUCUACAACGGCCGCGGCAUCCUUGUCGAAUCUCAGGGUCCCGUCUGGAUGUACGGCACCGCCGCAGAGCACAACCAACUGUAUAACUACCAGAUCGCAAACGCCGACAACAUCUUCAUGGGCCUGAUCCAGACCGAGACCCCCUACUUCCAGGCCAACCCCAACUCCCUCGUCCCAUUUACCCCACAGGUCGAAGCGUGGAACGACCCGGACUUCUCCCACUGUACCACAGACGCUUGCAGGAAAGCCUGGGGUCUCCGCGUCACGAAUAGCACCAACGUCUACGUCUACGGCGCAGGCCUGUACAGCUUCUUCGAAAACUACGGUCAAACCUGCAUUCCCGAGAACGGGUGCCAGGAGAACAUGGUCGAGGUGGACUGCUCGGACGUGCACAUCUUUGGUCUGAGCACAAUCGCAACGGCGAACAUGAUUGCUUCCUCUGACGGAACAAGUCUCGUCCCGGCUGAGGGGAACGAUAGUACCUAUUGUUCGACCAUCGGGUUGUUUGAGCAGACUUAG